AUGGCAUUGUUUGGAAGCAUCAGGAUUGGGGAGCUCACCAAAACGAUAUUUCUUUGCUGUAGGAAUCCAGAGCACUCUUCUGAAGUGGAAAAGUUUACUUCAGCGCAGCCCUCUGCAAUGGCUCGCGGUAUACAAUGCACACGGAAAAAAUUGCGCCGUACAAAAGUGCCAAAUUUCCCUCUUUUGGCUCUAAUUUGGCCUGAAAUUUAUAAGGUGAAAGUGAAGUGA